CACGCGGACGUACGGAACGGAGAUGUCGACCACUUUGCGCGCGCAGUUGUGUUUCCUCCUGUUGAGCGUCACGGCUCUCCGGGGACACGCGCGCUUUCUGGACAUACAGCAGGAUAACGAGAUCAGCCCGGAAGGGUUAUUAUCUCUGCUGAGCUCUGAACUGAAGAGAGAGUUACCAGAGGAGUUUGUGUACCGCAGAGUGCUCAGAUGUCUGGACAUGGUGGCUAUAGAGGGUCAAUUCACAUUUACAGCGGAGCGGCCACAGUUAAACUGCGGUGUCUUUUUCAUCGGCGAGCCCAGUGACAUUAUUAGUAUUGAAUAUGAUUCUGUCAACAUCGACUGCAGAGGAGGAGAUUUUAUAAAGGUGUUUGAUGGCUGGGUGAUGAAGGGGGAAAAGUUUCCGAGCUCACAGGACCAUCCUCUGCCUCUGUACGAACGUUACUCUGAUUACUGCGAGACUGGAGUGGCUCGGCCAAUCGCACGCUCUUCUCAGAAUGUCGCCAUGCUGUUCUUCAGGCUCCACCAAUCAGGGAGCAGUUUCACAAUAUCAUUUCGCAAACUCAUCAACCCAUUCCCCUGCAAUGUUGUAUCUCAGACCCCAGAGGGCAGUUUCACCAUGGUAAUACCACAGCAGCACAGGAACUGCAGUUUCUCUAUAAUCUAUCCAGUAGAGAUCCAAAUUGGAGAGCUCAGUCUUGGCCAACACAAUGAUCUCAAGAGAUCCAUACCUGGUUGUGCAGCGUCUGGAGAUUUUGUAGAGCUUCUUGGAGGAAAUGGCAUGGACACUUCCAAGAUGUUCCCCAUGGUAGAUCUUUGCUACUCAUUUAAUGGACCAGCUCAAAUGAAGGUUGGUUGUGAUAACACAGUGGUCAGAAUGGUGUCGAGCGGGAAAUUUGUAAACCGGGUUAGUUUCCAAUAUCGGCUACUGGGCCAUCAAGAGCUUCAGCAAAUGAAGGGAAACAGUGUUGAAGACAUUUGUUUAAGAGCAUAAGACCUUAAGACCUUCCUCACUCUCUAUUUAUAUUGAUCUCUAUACCUCGCUCUUGUUAUGGAGAUUGGUUGAUGCCAAACUAACUUGAGUUUGAUAUUAAGGGGCCUUUGGGCACUAAUUGUAUAUUUUCCAUACAAAAUUAUUUAUUUUUUGGCUCAUCUUUUAAAUUUGUCACAUUUGUUCUUUUUAAUAUCAUGAACGUGUACAAUCUGUGGCUGAUGUUAAAUAAAAUAUGUACUUGUGUUAGUGCACAUCACUAUUUUGUUCAGCAUGUUUUAUUUUGAAGCGUAAAAUUAAAAUUGGUCACUGACUGUAGAA